ACUUCUGCUCAUUUUUAUUAGCAGCACGUCGUUGUGGUGGUUUUUGCACUGCCGUGUGUGUGUGUGUGUGUGUGUGUGUGUGUUCGGGAUGAAAUGCGCUUUUUACGCACUGGAAUGACGCUCGGUGUGAAGGCGGCUCGGUUAGAAACGGACUCGCUGCCUUUAAACUUUCCCAUGCUGGCCAUCUGAAACCCGGUGGACUCGGACCCGGACCCGGCCUCGGUCUCACACACCGGAGCGGACACGUCCCGAUCCAAUGCGCGUUUCGUUCCUGCGCGUCCAGGCCCGCACGCCAGCACGUUCACAUGGCCUCGAGAAAAGUGCGUGUGGUGGGAAGCCGAAGCGCGGCGGCGGAGUGCUGGAGGAGCAGGAGGAGCAGGAGGUGUCCUCCGGAGCGGCCGGGCUCGGUGUGGCGCCGCUGUGUGAUGUGCGCCGCCGGGAUCGCACUGCUUCUCCUGCAGCCUGCAUCCGCCAGACACGAUGAGAGCCAGAUCGAAACUUUGAAUCGUUCUGCUACAUUGCCACUCCCCACUGGGUCUUCAAACGUCUCCUCAUCUCUUUCUCCGCCAGAAGAAGAUGGAGAUCCUCUCCUGCAGUCCCACUCUGCACCAGCAGAGGCAGCGUCAAGCACCAGAGAGCAGGCUGUUUUCUCGUCCGUGCUGACAGUGAGGGCCAACUCAGACUCACUGGUGCAAUAUCCGGCCUCUCCUCACGCAAACGCUUACAAUCUCACCAGCCGCAAAAUCCCAGAGGAUCCGCCGGCUAAAGCUUCACAGUCUCCAACCAAGAGUGUGCUGAGCACCAGCUCAGAAGAAGCUCCUUCUAUAGACCCAGGUGUUCCCACGGCACCUGGCGCAUCCAUCCUAACACUGGAGGAGACAGAACCUGCUCGCACAGAUCAUGUGACCAGCCCAGUCUCCACCUCCACCAUGCUAUCCAAUGGUACAUCUCCAGGAACAGAAAAAGUUGGGAAAGUCUUUAUCACACACCCCAACCCUGACACUGUGACCAGUGAUAGCCUCCAGCUCACCACGGUGACCACCACCGUGACCACACCCUUAACUGUGACUGACAUGACUGUGACUCCUCCCAGUACUCAUCCCUUGACCACUGAGUUUCUUACCACAAAAGCUCCUCCCAUGACUACAGCUGAAACCACAACGAUUGCGACUGAACCUCCGACCACACCGACGACUACAACAACUACAACGACUACAACAACAACAACGACGACUACUACAACCAGACCAACAACAACUACCACUUUAGCAACUACAACGACUCAAAGCUCCACUCUAGCUACAGCUAGAAUCACCACCACCGGGCAGAGCACCACCACUGAGAGCUCACCUCCAUCCUGCAACAUCACGGAGAAGCUGUUGGUCCGAACGGUUCUGUCCAUCCAGAUGAAGAGGAAUUAUCUGGAGAGUGGACUGAGGCAGAGUUUAGUGAAAGGUCUAACCCUUGCACUUCAGAAGGCCUUUAACGACUCCAACAUCCGCAUCCAGCUGGAGCGUGAUGUGUGCACACCCUCCAAUGUCACUCUGGGAUAUUACGUCAUGAGCGAGAAAACGGUGUACAUGGCAGCAGGCGUGGUGGAGACUCUGACCUCCUAUGGCUUCGAUAAGCUCCUGAGUGACCUCAGACAGCAUGCGCCCGUGGUGUUGGCAGUCCCCAUGCCUGUAGCUUCCUGGCAGUCUGCCCCGGGCAUCCACCUGCAGCUUAAAACAGUUCUUAGGUUCGUGGGUCAGACGGACAACAUCAAGUCGUGCGGUUUCAUCCAGGUUAUGGAGCAGCGUUUGAUGAAUGUUUUCUCCGAAGCUCAGGAGAAAGUGGAAGACUUUUAUGGAAAUCUUUCAGUCGAGAUUCUAAACACCUAUCAGACAGGAAACUCUUUGGCUGUAUCGUUGGUGUAUGUGGUGUGGAACGGCAGUGUGGCGCUGAACGGCACCGUGGCGAGCGCGCUAAUUAACCAGCUGAGUGCGGAGCUGGUCGGAUAUUUCCUCUACUUCCCUCCCAUGAUCAUAGCUGAGCCGCUCGAGUACCACAACCUGAACACUUCCGUGGCCACCAGAGAAUACUGGGUCAUCACAGUAAUUCAGGAUGUUGACAGUUCCUCGCUGGAAGGCAGUUAUCAGAGCUUUGCUAGUCUGAUGGAGCAGCGUUUAGCUGAACUCUUUCUUGUUGCUGGCCGUCACGGCCUCCGGAUCAAACGAGCCACCACUGUUGGUGGAUACACUGUACAGAUGGUUAGUAUCCGGCGCCUGCCUGGUCCUAAGAACCCAGCUGAGAUGACCUACUACGUCCAGGUGGACGGCGCUCCUAUACCUGGCACAUCAGCAGCCAAAACCCUAAACAUGGUGGACUCUCAGACCAUGGCCCUGGCAUUGGGCUACUUCGUCCAGGUUCAAGCAGAGCCUGUGGUGAAAAGUGUCCCCAGUAACCUCUGGAUCCUGGCUGUUCUGACGCCGGUGUCAUUGGUGGUUGUCGUGAUCAUCAUGGCGGUCGCCAUAAUAUGCAGGAGGAAUCGCAACGUCUUCAAGAGCAGUGCGUUCCGUGGGUUCCACCCGCGCACCAAGACCUCGUAUCGGAGAGAUGGGAGUUAUCAUCAUCAGCCGGUGCAGGGUUUUGACUAUGCUAAGCAGCACAUGGGUCAGCAGGGUGAGGAGACGCUUGCUGUCACUAAAGAGACCCUCGUCCUGUCUCUCCCAGUACGCGAUGCUCCGCUCACACAGGACAAAGGUGUCCUACAGGACGGCACGGCCACCAAAAGACCGCAGUCGACAGAAAUACACCGCAGCAAAUUGCCGAGCGAGGACGGCUCAGUUUCAAGCAACGGCUCGGCGAAGCUGAACACGGGCAGAAGCUCUUCGGCGCACAGAAACACAGGCCAGAAAGCUGCAAAGGAGGAGACGCACACGAGGACUGAGCAUUACGACUCUCUAACUGGCUCUCUGAGGCUCAUCAGCAUUAAGCCCAUGGCCGCUCCACUCAACUACUCGUACCCCGACUCCUCGAAUCACAGCCAAGACUCUGUCAUGAUCAAUGGAGAGGUGAAUAUGGGCUUGAAGCAAAAGUCCGAUAUAGAGCACUACAGGAACAAACUGCGCCUGAAGGCUAAGAGAAAAGGCUACAGCGACGGGCCGACGAGCAGCGGAGGACACCGGCACAACCACCGAGAGAGACUGAGACGUGAAAAUGCUUCUCUGGACCUGGAGGAUACUCGGGGACCUGCGGAGGAAAGAAAUCCAUCCACUUACGUCAAAUACCACAGGAGUGAGAGUCAGAGGGAGCCAGCUUACUGGAGCAGGCAGUCUCUGAACACGCCGAGUCCUGUGGAGACUGAGCUGGAUCUGCUAGUGAUGAGGGAACGUGCCAGGAGGGGCAUCCGUAACAGUGGCUAUGACGCUGAACCAGAACCAUUUGAAGAGACAGAUGUGGAUCGCCUCAUGAGCUCUCUGGGUUUCGGAGGCAGUCACCACGGUAAAGGUCACUCAGACUCGUCCACUCUGAGCUCCCAGCCCUCCAUUGACGAGGUACGGCAGCAGAUGCACCUCCUGCUGGAUAAUGCGUUUGGUUUGGCUUCGGCCGAGCCGUCUGGACGCAGCCACCACCAACACCACUCCCGGCACGGCCCCCACCCUCCGUACCCGCCUCCUCAGAGUGGUCCCUACGCAGACGGAGUGACCAGCGCUCCCGGCACCAUGGACCACCCGGCUGGAGCACUGCAGCGUGGCCCGUCGUUUGAGCCUGACCUGCACCAGUGUAGCCUCCCCAAGCCUGUACGUCCUCACUGUCCACAUUUACACGUUCAAGGUUUCAGGUUCACACAGCUCCCUGACAUGGGUUUGGGCUCGCCACCACCUCUUAUAUCAGCUCGAACUGGAGCCCCACCUGGAGCAUCAGUACGGCGAUCAACACCAGACAUGAGUCUGAAGCCGCGUGUCUCUGAGGCCUCUGAGAUGAAUCAGCACAACGGUGCCCCCUAUCUGCCCAUCAACCGAGCUCCUUUCCCAGCUGUCACCGUCGAUCAGUCCAUGUCAAGCUACUCAGGAAACCCAAUGACAGCCGUUUAUGCCAUAUCAGCCAACCGGCCCGGCUACUCUGACUACUUUGUCCUGUCACCUUCGUCAUCUUACCGCAGUCCCUCGUGGAUGUCGUACCCUCCGGAGCCGGAUGAUCUCCCACGCCAGUGGGGUGACACGAACCCGUGUCAUUUGGAGACCAUCUGCUGAGCCGAAAAGGCUGACUGGACACAGCAGUGCUCCUGGGGUUUGUACAGUAAAUGAAAAUACCCUGAUCACCACAGCAGCCCAAACCUGUCCUGGCUCGUUGGCCUGCAGGGCCGCUCCAGCUGAGCAGGCCCAAAACGACCGAAAGGCCCAAAAAGGCCCAGAAGACCCGAAAGGACACGACCAGGCCCAUCAGUCACUCCACCGUUCACCAGUGCUUUCACGGGAGGUUGUUCUCUCAGCCUCCUCCUCUGAUCCAAUACCACCAUGACCGGCCCAGUGGCCAAACGUUUUCUUGAAGCUUUUUUCGAUCUCCUCACAGACAUGAAGCUGGUGGGGUUUUAUCUUUCCGUGUGUGUGUGUGUGUGUUUUAAACAUCAGCAUAUUCAAAAUCGAAACCUUUCUUUCGUCUCGAGUGGACUUCUCUGUGUCUUUGGCUCUUAUUUUUACCGAGAGGCAGGCCUAUCACAGCUGAUUCUGUCGUGCACUCUCUGUAUGACCUUGGUGUAAAAGAGACUGAGCAGAAAUCCGAAACCGAAAAUGACUUGUUGUACUGUACGUAAAUGUAGUCAUGAUGUGAGUCUUUUUUUUUCCCCAAGCCGCUUAUGAAAUAUAGUGCGUUCGUUUGCUUCUCCUUUUGCUUCUUUCAUAAAACGUUGAAUAACGUACGUCGGCUCAUGAGAAACUCGAAACAAAUGUUGUCACAGUUUGUGAAGUGUCACGGGACACAAAACAACAAUCCCAAGUAUUUAGCAUUAAAUAUUAUAAUCUAGAAAACCAGUAGUGGAUUAUUUUAGGGCUAGAGUUUUAUUUGAAUUUAUAUUCCUGUUCACUAUAUCCCUUUCAGUUUUGUAGUGAGUAGGAAAAACUGUCACUGAAACAACAUAUCUAUAUUUUAUUGCCUUAUUUUUGAUAGAUAUUUAAAUUUAUAUAUGGAAUGAUGACAUGAAUCGAGAACAUUUAUCUGCUGGAGUGUACAGCAUAAGCCAAAAAAAUAAGAAUGAAUAAAUAAAUAAACAAAUAGGCAAAGGGCGUAAACAAAUUAUUAUUAUUAUUAUUAUUAUUAUUAUUAUUAUGUAAACUAAAAUUCCACUUUAAAUCAACUGAAAUGAUAUUUAUAAUAUUGAUGACAGGAUCAGUCAAAGUUUGGACACACCUUCAUAAUCUGGAGGACAUGUUGAUU